GUUAGUAGACGAUGUAGAUCAGCCAGGAAAGCACCGUUAACGUUGAGUGAUAUUAAAAGUUCAUACCUAUAUUUUGUACAAAAUAGUAAUCUUAAAUGUUUUGUGCGUUGAAAUAUUUCAAACUAGUUAAUACAUGUUUUUGUGUUAUAAAAUAAGUAAAGUUUGUAAUUUUUUUUAAAAAUUGAAAGGAAAGGUUUUUGCAUAAUGAAAAUGGAUUUUUAAACUAAUAAAGAAUUAAUUGCUCUAAAAACGAAAUUAGAUGUUACGAUCAAGAUAAUACAACAAGAAUGGGCGUUGACCAAGAAACUUUGGCUAUUGAUCUUCAAUCGAUGACCAAAGAUGACGACGAAAUACUUACGAUCGAAGAAGCUCGAAAAAUUAUACAAAUUUUAAAAGACAGAUGUCGAUUUCAAACACAUCAGGCACUUAUAUGGAGAAAAAAAGCCAAAAUUCAAGAACAACACAUAGCAAGAAUUAGUUCGGAAUAUAAUACUCGAUUAGAAUCGUUAACGUCAGACUUGCUUCUUUUCGAAGCGCGGUUAAGUAAAAAACAACGUGAAAUUACUGAACUGCUUGACGAAAGAGAUUGCAUAAUCGACCAACAACAACAAAUUAUUCAAUGUCUUCAUUCUAGAUUAGCAGAUUUUGGUGUCACCAUGACAGUGACUUCGUUAGAUGACGGCAACGUGGAUGACAGUGACAGUGCAGUUAUUAUGGAGGAAGAUGAAUUCAGCAGUCAAGUUGACGCUACGGAACACCUACAAUCAAAUCAACAGAAUCAGCAACAGCCACGGCCGAUAACUACAGAAGAUGGUAGGGAAACUGACAGUCGAGGAAAUGUAACGGCAACUUAUAACAGAGUAAUGAGUAACCAUCGAUCAGUAACCAAACCUAAAGACGUUAAGUACAAAAGAAUUAAUAAAGCAAAGUCUAAAUCACUCGAAGAGCUUAGGGGUCGUUUAAAAAAUUGGGUGGAUAGGGGGACUCGUAUGUCGUUAUCAGUAGAACCUGCGUAUAGGUAACCAUUGAUAACCAAAUUACUUAUAAGACCGCACAUUAUUCAAUUUUACAUAUAUGAUAAACUGAAUUAAUAUCUAUUUUAUUAACAAUUCACUUUGAAACAUUUUGUUUUUAUAAUUACAAAUUAAAUACUGUCAUAAAUAUAAACUGUGUUACUUAAAUAAUUUUAAUUAAAUAAUGGUAUUGUUUGACUAUAUUAAACAAUUGCUCAGUAAAAUGUUUAAUAAAAAUUUAUUAUUUAGUCAAUCAAAUGUCAGUAUAAUAUACUAUAGUAUAAUUAUUAUAUUUUGAACUCAAAUUAUUUUGAUUUAAAGUUAUGUUUAAAAAUAAUAAGAAAAUUGUCGUUGUGUUCCUACUCGAAU